UUAUUUAGCAACAUUGCAAUUGUAAUCCUCCAAGAAGCGACAUGGCUUACACAAAUUCAUAUAUGUUGCUUGGUUUGGGACUUUUUAUUAUUUUAUCUUCUCAAGUUCUAGCUCAAGAUCCUCAACAUCCCCCUCCUCCUCCUCCCCCUCCUCCUCCACCUCCUCCUCCUACAAUUAUUUUUAUUUUAAACCCAAUGGCAACCCCAAUGGCAACCGUGGAUAGUUAUGUUGGCCUGAUGCAUGAAGUGACACUGCUAGAAGCUGAAGCUAAUCGGAUGACUUUCCGUGCAAAUUUGAUAAAGGAGAAUGUUGCUAAAUCUAUUCAUCAAAGCCGUAAAUUUCUAAAUCACUUAUUUGAUGAAGAAGAUAAAGUUUCCGAAAGAAAUGAGGAAGAUAAAGUUUCCUUAACUGAUAAGGAAGAUAAAGUUUUCAGAAAUGGCAAUGAAGACAAAAUUUCAAAUAAUGAGGAGAAAGACAAAGUUUUAAAAAAUGAGGCAGAAGAGAAGGUUUUUAAAAGUGACAAGGAAGAUAAAGUUUUCAAAAAUGAUAAUAAAGAUAAAAUUACAAAUUAAAAAUAAUGAAAAAAAUUCCAAAUGUGACGAAGAAAAUAAACUUUCUUUAAUAAAAUAAUCAAAUGCGCUGAAUAAUAUGAAGUUUCCAUCAAUUCCCCAUGUAUUAAUAGCAUGCAAAAAUGUAUAUAUUAACUGUAUAAAUAGAAGGGUGAAAGUAGACCUUCGGCUUAUAACUAGCCAUAUAUAUGCAUCAAAACUUGAGUUAUAUAUAGUUCAUAUCGAUAUUUGGGUUAUGAUAAUGAUAUGAGAUGUCAAACUUUACAUACUUACACCUUCAA